AUGGCCGUAGUCGAGACAAGUCAAACGGACGUGGACGCGGUCGAAGAUCUUUUGGCCGCGGGCGAGGAAAUGGUCGAGACCAUGGCUCAUUUGGACGAGGUCAUGGUCGCGGCCAUGAAUCUUCAAUUAAACCCCAACACUCGACCAAACCAGACGAAUCCGUGUGCCAUAGGUGUGUCGGUCCUUGUUGACGUGGAAUCUCCGUUCAAACCUGACGUCCUCAAAGGCAAGGUAGCUCUCAUCACCGGAGGCGGAUCCGGAAUCGGAAUCGGUUUCGAGAUCUCUUCUCAGUUCGGCAAACAUGGAGCUUCCGUCGCCAUCAUGGGACGCAGGAAACAAGUCCUCGACGCCGCCGUCUCUGAUCUCCGAUCCCUCGGGAUUCAGCGUUCAAUUGGGCUUUGCGUGUCUAUUCACGACAUAGGAUCAGUGGAAGGAGGUUUUGUUUUACCCGGUGAUGGUGCUGCCACUUAUAAGGUAGGUUUUAGAAUUGUAGUGUUUCGUCCAUUCGUUGGUGAAGUCAUUGCUGCAAGGUUCAAAGAAUCUGAUUCCAAUGGAUUGCGCUGUGAGUACUACUACUGUUGUGCAUAAUGAUUACUUAUACGUUUCAAGAACAUCAGCUAUCCACCUGUUGCAACUGAGCGAGGAGAUGAUGCAAAGCCUUUUGCUCCUAUGGUGGUCACUAUGAUGAUGGUUUGGGCCCUGUUUCUUGGUGGGAAGGUUCUACUUCUAAUGAGAAUCAUGAAGAUGAUGAUGAUACUUGAACCAAACUUCAAUCUCCAAAUGUAAGACUUCAGGUUCUUAAACUAGUAUGUUUUUCUUAACAUAGGAAGUUGGAAUUAGACUCCUUUCCCAUGAUUCUAGGAUUAGAUUCCUUAAUUUUGAUUUUAUCUGUGUAUGGAAAAAUAUUUUUCUUAUAUAUAUGUGCAACUCUUUUGUCCUGCUCU